AUGGGUGAUCCGUCGGCGGUCCACCUUCCCGACCUCGUGCUCGCGGAGAUCUUCGUGCGGCUGCCGUCCAAGGACUUCCACCGGUGCCGCUGCCUCUCCCGCGCCUGGGCAGCCGCCCUCUCCUCCGACGACCUCAUCGACCGUCACCUCUCGGUGCACGGCAAGAUCCGGCUGCACUACGACGACGUCAUGACACACCUGGUCUUCGAGUGCUCCAUUCGCCGUCGCAUAGUGACAGAGCUCGAGAGCUUGGGCGACGGCGAGACGUCUUCCGAGGAGAAAGAGAGCAGCGAGCGCGACUGUGAGGCGCCAGAAGAGAACGAGAACGGUCAGGAGACUCCCAAGGAAGACGAUAAUGAAACAGAUGAUGAUGAUGAUUUUAAUUUCGAAGAAGAGUGUUGGCGAGAGGAAUACCGGACCAAAGGCUAUGUGGAGGCAUACGAGGACUACUAUACUGCGAUGCCAUAUUGCAAUGCAUUGUGGGAAAAGGCAAAGGAGGAAAUUCUUGGGAUCAAGGCUACCGACUCCAAUGACUAUGACGAAGCCAGCGCCAUGCUCCUUAAAGCAUGCACCGUUCCAUACGGUGCUCUCCAUCCCCGCAUCCGGCAACCGUUCUUGGAAGAGGACCCUUCCAUGCACCCCUUGAGCGGCCAAGGAAAAUCAAAAGGGCAUAUUGACGCCAGGAGUAUUCGUGGCCGCGAGAGGACGGAAGAGGAGGUCGACCAAGAAAUCAUUGCUUUUCUCAGGAGAUUACGUGAUAUGGACCCACAAGCACCACUUUUGAGGGAGUUUGAUACCUACCAGUUGCCACCCAUACCUCCGCAAGGGCAAGACGGGGUGGUUUCUUUUGAGGAAGGGGUUGUGCAAGAAGAUGGCUCCGACUACUCGGAUAAUGGGGAUGUUUGCCAGCACUCUGUCGUCGACGACUCUUAGAUUCAAACACAGUAAUAUAUAUGACAAGUCAAUCUACCAGCCGAUUUAAUUUUAUGAUAGAUGAUACAUUUGUGUUUUCAAAGCUAUAUGCCU